GAAGAAGAAGCAGAUGAAGAGACAGCGUCAGCUACAAAAUCCACUUCCGGUGACGACAACGACAGCGCCAAAGACAACAACAACAAAAGCAACAGCAACAACAACAACAACGAUAAGACCAACAACGACAAGGACAGCAACGAGGACGAGGAAUACAACGAGCAGGAGGCUGAGGACACGGCUGUGGACAAUGUGGAGGAUGAGAAGCCAAACGCGAACUUUGGCAGCAAAAGUUUUGCGUAUAAAAAAUUUAAGAACAUGCACGAACAGCAAAAUCAACAGAGCCAAAAGGAGCAACAGCACCAGCAGCAGCAGCAGCAGGCAAAUGGCAACGGACCAGCCCAGCAGAUGGAGAGUCAGCUGUUUGAUUCCAUUGAAAUAUUAAAUGAACGAAAAUUUAAUAAAGCGCCGGGCCAAUCAACGUUGCAAGCAACUGAGGAUGUGGCUGGCGAGGACAUUAUGGCAAUCGGCGAUAUUGAGGACAAUUUUGGUAAUGAUCAAGUAUUGGCGGAAAACAUUAUGUCCACAAUUGACAAUGAUGAAUCAGCAGCAAGGGAGACUACGUCUCCGGCCACCAGCACCAGCUCCACAACGACAACAACAAACCAGCCAACUACCGUAGCUCCUGAUCCAACAACAACAAGAACAACAGCAGGCACAUCGAGCAGCUCAAGUAAGCGGAAUAUGUCGCCGCCCAUUGGACACAAGCAGAAGCGACAUGGCAGCGGCGCCAAUACUAAUGCCUGGCUUGGAGGCAGAUACUAUGGUAAGAACAACUACGACCUAGGCCGAAUUAGGACGCACCAUCACGAGAACGCCAACACAGAUUUUCAAAUGGAGUCCAGCGACGUGGGAGAGCUGCACUACUUCGAUGCUGGAGAGAAUCCGAGAAGCAGCGAAGAUAUUGCCAGCGAAUCACAAGCCAAUUACUUGAGCAGCUACUUGGGCCAGACAAUAAAUGAAACCAAGCAGCAACAGCAGGAACAACAACAACAACAACAGCAGCAGCAGCAGCAGGACUCUCCUUUCCAGGACGAUGAGUACGGAGAGCAGCGGGCGCCACAACUGGAAUCGGAAUCUGCAUUGCGUUAUCAUCCGGAUGCCACCACCACCGAGUCACCAUCGGCCUUUGAACGCUUUAAGGCGCUGCGGCGCAGCAAUCGCCGGAAUGGUCACAAGAGUCACAAGAAGCGCUACAAGGACUACCUCAAGCACAAUAUCAAGCUAACCCCCAGGUACGCGCUCAAGCUGCGCAAGGAGCGGGAAGAACACUCCCACGCAACGCCGAUCUUUGCCCUGGGCGUCCGACCACAACGCAUGACGCCCAAGCCCUUCUACGAGGGUCAAGUGAACUACUACGACCAUCAGGAGAAUAUACAGCCGCAACCCCUGGACGCCCAUCAUACGGAAAUGGAACGUCUAAUUGCCAACGACAAUGGCAACUGGUAUCGACGCAUCAGUCCAGUGCUGCGCAAUGGCGUCAAAAGCAGUGAACAGCAGCAGCAGCAGCAGCUGAUGCAGCCGCAGCCGCAGCAUCAGGUGAAGCACCAUCAUCAUCUGAAGCACCAUCAUCACCAGCAUCAUCACAAGCACGCUCGCAUGCAGCGUUUACCGAAUCCAUAUCAGCGCAAGGCAACGGCGGCCCAGUCGGCGGCACCGGCUACAACGCCAGAGCCGCCGCUGCCGCCACCGAAGCCGCAAUUGGGCCAUCAGAUCACUGAGCUGGAGCAGCUGGAGCGCUACUAUGCCAAGUGGCCGCAUCUAGCACGCGUACAGUUUCAGGUGUACGACGAACACUAUCGCGAAGCUCAUCCGGAACUCUAUACCGAUUACGAUGCGGACGAUGACUAUGAGACAGCUGCCGAGCUGGAGGAGGCACAGCAGGAUCAUGGCGAGGAGGCCAAUCUGCCGCCGUAUAUCAAAAAAUAUAAUCGACGCAAUAAGCAGCUGCUUAAUCUGCUCGAGGGUACAUUGCCGCCGGCUACGCCCACGCCCACGUUCAACGGCCUCUGGAGCGGCUCCCAACUGCAGCCGGGUCCGCACGAAUCGGCGCCCAUACGACUGGACGAUGAUUACGUUAAACAGAAGCGACGUCGCUAUCAGCAGCGCUACGAAGAUCUCUUUGCCCAGCAGCACGGCGGCAGCACCACGACGACGACAACAACGACGACGCCCGCAACGCUCACCAGCAGCCUGUCCAACCAGCUGCCCGAAGAGGAAAAGCAAUUGAAUGAUGAUGAGCAUCGCCAGUCAGCUGCCGUUGAUUUCUGGCAAAGGGAAAUGGACACCAAAGCUUUGCCACAGUCGCCACCCGAAGCCGCCGCCGCCGCCGCCGUCGCCGUCACCGCCGUGCAGUCCACCCCAAAGCCGGCACUCUUUAAGCUGCCCCUCUACCCGGCUAUAACGGACAGCUUCUUGGGCACGCCGCGCAGCCGCAGUGCACAGUUUGUGGCCAAUGUAGCCGGACGUGGUCAGAGCAGCUGGCAUGCUGCUGCCCCGGCCGCCGCGAGCGCUGUUGAUGAUGAUGAUAGCACUCCGAUGCCGCCAUCCUCGCCGCUCAACUCGUUUGUCUAUCAUCGUGUUGUGGAUGGCAUUGGCGCUGCCAACUCCCUCUCCUCAUCGUCCGCAGCCAGCCGGAAGCAGCGUUUGCCCUUCGUGGCCAUCACGGAUCGACGGCUGGAGAACAUCAGCGCCCAUAAGUUGCUCGGAGAACGACACAAAGACUUUGAGCAGAAUCACUUUCCAAUGCCUUAAGCCGCUCUACAACAGGAAGAUCGAUGAAACGCGAGACGUCAAAGUAGAAGUAGAAGAACAACCACAAACGAAAGCAGCAGCAACAUACGAGAAUGGAAAGCCAGUUUAAACCAAAGCGAAAGCAACCGGAUUUCGACUCAAGUUUUUGUCUAAGCCAUGUCAAUGCAAUGAAAGCAGGAGGAAUUAGGAUAUGGCUAUACAUAAGAAAAAUCGAAACCUAGCAAGUGUACGACUCUCAAGCAUAACUGAUCAACGAUCCUUUUUGGUAAUUGGUAGUUCGAGUGCAAAUAAUCGAUCAACAAUGCGCAUACAACUCGCCUUAAAAAUAGUUCGCUUUCUCCUUGGCUUAGGCCGGUUUCCCAUUGCUAAUCUAAACCUAAAUAUAGACAUAAAUUUCAGUAGUUGCUUCUGAAUUAAAUCUUAAGUUUCAAGCGAUGAGUACUGUACUUAGUUCUAAUUUUGAUUCGCAUCUGAGAGCAGGUGAAAAAACCUAAAAAAAAAAUUUAAGCAAAAAAAAAAAUUUAAAAAUAUCGUUUGUUUCCAGACUUUUUGUGUGUCUUGGAUAAGAACUCUUGCAUA